UGCCCUUUCGAGCUUCGAAUUAAGUAAGUAAUUCAGCAAUGAAUGGAACAUAAACAAUACAACAGGUAGCAGGUCAAGUUCUCCAAAGACAUUGCCAGUUGCCUAGUUUACGGUAAACGGUGUAUCUACAUGCCGUAGUAGCUUUUGUUUUCGAAUGGGUUGGUAGUGUGUACCCUACAUUGAACCUCGAAAAAAUCCAAGAACGGGGCAUGACAUUUUUUCCAGUUUACAGGUUGUUGACAAGAAAUUAUAGAUGUAGGUACCAAAUUUCCAAGUUUGAACAAGUGAUAGUGAGUUAGUUUUAUUUCGUUUUUAUAAUCUUACCUUGUUGUGCGGGAUAUAAGUACCUGUUUUGUGUGCUAAACUGUUUGAAAAUGCUAAAAUGCAACAUUAGCUGACUAUGAGACGAAUAGUUACUUAUGCAGAGGACCUACAAUAUUUUUCAUGGAUGAGCACUUAAAAUCAUUGCCAAAAUAAGUGAACAAGAUGUACUCCAAAGAAGAAAUCGAGAGAAAACGUUUGGAGGCGCUCAAACGAAUGCAGCAAAAAACAGUUACCUCAAGUGGUUCAGUUUCAACACCAAAUGUGACGAAACCUCCUGCAAUUAGUAAUUUUAUUAACCAAAACCAGUCGUCGUAUUACCGUAACAAUGAAAAUUACAGUUCGAAACCAAAUUUCACAAAUGAAAAUUACCAAAAUAAAAGCAAAAGAGUUUUCAAACAGCAAGGUGUAUCCAAUAGAUACUCCCCUAUGCAGCGUCCAAAUAACUUUUAUGGAAAUCAGCAACCCAUGUGUGAAGCCACUUGCGUUAUGCUUACUAAUAAUCGAUUUGCCGUUGAGACUUCAAGUUAUCAUCAAAAGUUGAUUGAUUUACUUAAAACUAUUCCGUCUCGACUUUAUGAUACUCAGACCAAGACAUGGAAUUUCCACUUUCAAGACUAUGAAACAUUGCAACAAAAAAUUAGUGCCUUACAAGCAGAAGUAACUUUCAAGCCUUUUCCAAUUUUUGUAGUUAAAGCUUUCAAAAAAUUAUCAGCCCAAGAAAAGGAACCAAAAAAAGAUGUAAAUUUUUCGCAAAUUGAUAGUGCCUUGAUGGAUUCUUUGUAUCCUUUUCAAAUAGAAGGAAUUAAAUUUGGAAUACUUAAUGAUGGAAAAUGUCUAAUAGCAGAUGAUAUGGGACUUGGUAAAACAAGGCAAGCGUUAGGAAUUGCUUGUUAUUUUAAAAAAGACUGGCCUCUGAUAAUCAUCACCCCAUCUUCUGUCAGGUAUCAGUGGUCGGAAGCAAUCAUAGAGAGCCUACCGUCUGUACUUGUGCAAUCAAUACAACACAUUACUAAUACUAGAGAUUUGAUGGAAAGAAGCCAAGUAACGAUAAUUUCAUAUGAUCUUUUAGUAAAAAGAAUAGACGAAAUCGCAGCCAAAAAGUUUGGUGUCGUGAUUUGUGAUGAGUCGCACUACCUGAAGAGUGGAAAAACUCAACGAACCAAAGCUGUCCAGAGGCUAGUUGCAAACUGUCCACGCGUAAUCUUACUCACCGGAACCCCAGCUUUAUCGCGACCCAUAGAGUUGCAUCCUCAAAUAAAAAUGGUGAUGCCAUCAUUUAUGAGUUAUAAAGACUAUGGAAUACGAUAUUGCGCUGGAGUACAAAAUAAAUUUGGAUGGGAUUUUAGUGGCUCCUCAAAUUUAAAAGAGUUAGAAAUGCUAUUAAAAGCCUGUUGUUUGAUUAGAAGAUUAAAAACUGAUGUCAUGACACAAUUACCGUCCAAAAUAAAGCAAAAAAUUAUUCUCGACCCUCAAUUAAUCAAAGCUGCAACAGAAGAAAUGAAAAGUGCAUCAAAAAAGCUUGAAGAGUCAAAGGAUAACAGUAAAAAACGCAGUGCGCUUCUGCAAUAUUAUAGUGCAUCAAGUAAAGCCAAAGAAAAGGCAGUUUGCAACUAUAUUACCGAUUUAAUUGAGAGUCAACAGAAAUUCCUUGUUUUUGCACAUCAUCAAAAUAUGUUGGAUGCAAUAUCAAAUUUAUUGGCCACAAAGAAAAUCAUGUACAUAAGAAUAGAUGGGAAAACGAAUCCUGAGCAGAGAAAAUACUUUGUUGAUCAGUUUCAAAAAAGUGAAAAAACGUUAGCCGCAGUAUUAUCUAUAACUGCUGCCAAUGCGGGAAUAACGAUGACGGCAGCACAGAUUGUCAUUUUUGCUGAAUUAUUCUGGAAUCCAGGUAUUCUAAAUCAAGCUGAAGAUCGUGUCCAUCGGAUUGGUCAAACGAGUAACGUCGUGAUUCGUUAUUUGCUGGCUAAAGAAACAGUUGACGACUAUUUGUGGCCAGCAAUCCUAAGAAAAGUUGACAUUCUUAGUGAGUUUGGAUUGGAUCAAAAUUUAGAUUUAGAUAAGGCAUGUGUGGAAAACCAACCAGCGGCAACAUCGAAUCAGCCGAAAAUUGACAACUUCUUCACAUCGCCAAACAAACAAUCGGCAAAUUCCUCGAAAAUUGAGCCUACAGGAAACGCUGAUCUGAGCAACGGGAAUUUAAAAGAUUUAUUGAAUAUGGAUGAUGAGGCGUUUGAAGACAUAGACUUGGAUCAACUGGAAAAUUAGCAAUUCUACGGUGAAAAAGGAAUUUCUUUAUUAAAUUUAUAUGUGCAAAAUUUCUUCAACUGCACAUUUAUUUAUUUAUUUGCCGAAGAGACAAGAAUUUCAUGGUUUUGUGAAGCUUUAAAAAGAAAGUAAAAAAGUUGAU